GCGUUUGCAGCGCAGAGACGGGGGUGGGGAAAACCUGGCGCCAGCUUAUGUCCGAGGCGCGUCGACUUCGCUGGCUCCGAUGCACACGGCGAGCUUCGCCUCCGGAAAUGACAGCGCCGGUCGUGCAUGCACAGCCGCAGGAUUCCUGGCGAGCAUGAAGCGUGUCUGAUUCGUGCAGUGGCGGGGCUGCCCCGACGCGUGCGAGGCCUCUCGUAACGGUGGCACUGUAUAAAGAUUAGAACCCGCCCCGGAAGUAACGUUAAAAGUGUAUCGCCCCGCCCGCAGCUCCACGUCCGCCCCAGGAACCCCGGACCGUAGUGCGCCCAGCCGCUUCUGAAUCAUCUUUGGUCCCUGGCUCAACACUUUGCAAUCCCGCGGUCAGGACCCUGAUCAGUCCUUGCGAUCUCGGGUCAGGAGAUGAAGCACCCCCAGUUGUACCUGGCCAAUGCCUACCAGCAUGAUGGUGUUUGGAUCGGAGAAUUCUCUGCAUUGAAUCGUAUGGUGGCC